AUGGGACAAUACUUACACGACUAUAGGGACUUUGCCGACGAGCACCCCAGCACUACCGUGAUUGGGACAGAUCUCUCGCCCAUUCAACCCGCCUGGGUGCCUCCCAAUGUCCACUUCGAAAUCGACGACUGUCAACAACCCUGGACAUGGUCGCCCAACACCUUCGACUUCGUCCACAUGCGCUACCUAUUUGGUGCAAUCAUAGACUGGACGGCGCUCUUUAAGGAAGCGUACAGAGUCUGCAAGCCUGGCGGCUGGGUUCAGUCCGGCGAGGCCGAGUGUGAGUUGCGCAGUGAUGACGACACUAUCCCUCCUGAUAGUGCGAUGGCGACAUUAUGGUGGAAGCUAUAUCUCGAGGGCGGUGCUAAGCUCGGUCGGCCUUUUGAUGUGCUCUCGAGGGGACUGCAAAGGAAGGGCAUGGAGGAGGCCGGUUUUGUCGACAUUGUUGAAAGGGACUUCAAGCCCUUGUACUAA